GUCAGGUAUAUUACAGUGUAAAUAACUGUAGUAUACUGAGUUAUAAUAAGUCUCGUUUUCCGAAAACGGGAGAUAUCGAAAGUGAAAAUUGAUUCGAAGGAGUUAACUAUCAGGUCUGUUUAGUGACCUUGGUGGGUAGUGCGAUGGCGACAGCCGUGAAGAAACCAUUGGCUGAGCUAUUCUCGGACUUGUCAUUAAUCACAGAUCUACCGAGGAGGAUCGGUGAAGGUUGGGAUGGCUUGUUGGUACGUCUAGGUCUGACUAGGGUUGUCAUAUACCAUAUCAAAUUCAACAACCAUGGACAGUUAGAGGAUAUGAUUAAAGAUGGCCUGGAUAAAUGGAACAUACAGAAUAUAAAAGAACCUGUCUCGAAAAGGGCAGCAGCAUUUCUUGAAGCCUUGCGGGCACAGGAAAUGGUUCCUCUGGCGGAAGAACUGGAGGAAGAAUACAACUUCAAUGAACCCGAGCUUGUUGAGAGCACACCUGACGUUACGGAGGACCCACGUGAUACGUCAGCCGACACAAGUAUAGUGUAUACACGUGAAGCGUCAGGCGAUAUCAUGAACAGCCUGGAUCGUCCGAAAAAUGACCGUUCUGACCCGACGGAAAAUGGACCUGACAUCAACGGAGACUUCCCCCUGCGUGAUUAUCAAAUGGAAAUAGCACAGGAUGGUCUAAAAGGGGAGAAUUCAAUCAUCUGGGCACGGACAGGAUCAGGGAAGACCAGGGUUGCCGUGUACAUUAUGAAGAAUCACCUUGACAACAACCCAACAGGGAAAAUUGCAUUUUUCAACACUACGAUGACGCUUCUGGAUCAACAGUAUGAAGUGAUACGUAAAUUCUUACCCAAGUAUAAGCACCAGAUCAUGAAGUUCAGUGGAGUGGAACAGAACGAGGUUACCCUCUUAUCGAAUACACAGCACUUCCGCGUCUGUGUCCUCACUCCCAUGACACUUGAGAAAUACUUGGCAGAAGAGACCGUGUCGCUAGAUUUGUUUUCUAUGCUCGUAUUUGAUGAGUGCCACCACACACGUAAAAAAGAACCAUACAACCAGAUUAUGAAAUACUACAGGAAAUUACUUCAAGAUAGCACCGUCAAACUACCACAGAUUCUCGGAUUGACAGCGUCGGUAGGAACUGAACGGGCCUGCAAUGUAGAUGACGCAGAGAAAAGUAUCCUCGAACUAAUGGCCCGAAUGAAUGUUCACAAGAUCGCUACCCCCCGGAUCAACAGGAAGGAGUACACACAAAUGUUUCCAGAACCCGAAAAACAUUCCGAAGUCAUGAAGGACCGUACGACUGAUCCAAUGAGAGAUACUAUAGAGGACGCUAUGGGUCGACUUGAGACAUGGCUCCAAGACAAAUUGUGUGAUCUUGACAAGAACGUGCACAAAUUGUUGGGGGAAAUACCUGACAAAAUGCGAAUGGAACAGCAGUACCAGUCUUGGCUGUCCCGACUCAUGGGCGCUCUCCCUCGAAGUGAAGAGUUAACACCGGAAAUUAAACAUCAGGCAAUUGUGAUAGCAGAACACCUAACAAUGUACCAGACUGCUCUGAGUGUAAACCACACAUUAUGUAUGAAAGACGUGCUGGAGCAUUUGUAUCAUUCGUCACUGAAAUACAAAAUACUGGAAGGAGGAAAAAAGAACGCAGUAGUAAUCUCUAACUCAUCCCGAAACAAUACAGACGAGGAUAAUACAGGAAGUGAUAAUACAGGCGUGGUCAAUACAGGAGGUGACAAUACAGAUGUGGACGAAUCAGGAAAUGACGAGACUGAAAUCACAUGUGUCAGCCUUUACACAAGCGUCACCAAGAAGUUGGAAAUCCUCUCAAAGAACGAUGAAUAUGAGAAUCCAAACAUUGUCCGACUCCGGAAGAUGGUUGACAAAAACUUUGAGGAGAAAGGGAAAGAUUCCACAUUCAUUGUGUUUGUAGAACAAAGAGAAUCUGCCGUCGCCGUAUCAAAGUACCUGACAGAGAAAUCCUCCUUCGCUAAAUGCUGUUUCCUAAUAAGCGCACAGUCAACGGCAGAUGGCGACGGAAAACAGUCCCAAGCCGAGUAUAACUGGGUAGUGCAAAGACUCCUGUCAAAACAAAUCAACGGACUGGUGGCGACACAGGUGGCCGAAGAAGGCUUGGACAUACCUGCCUGUAACUUCGUCAUCCGUUACAACCAAUCUAGCAACGAAAUAUCCACCAUACAAGCUGCAGGAAGGAGUAGGGCAAUGGGUGGGACCGUCAUAGACUUUGCUAACGAACGGAAACACAGACAGGAGCAGGGGAACGUAAUGAAACUGACACUGAUGAAUCAGGCGCUGGAGAUGGUAUUAGGUCGGCCUGUCGACAGCAUCCGACAGGAGGUCAAUAAACGCAUGGACUCCAUCACUAAAACAGAGGCUGAGGAGGAGGAGCGCUCCAGAGAGGCUGGAAGAAAGAAUAAGACGCAAGGCAACUUUACAUUGCGAUGUUUGAGGUGUCAGGAAGUCGCAGUGUCUAGCCCUGACAUUAGACGCUAUAAAGAAACCAAUUACAUUGUCGUAGGCAGAGAUUUCUACAAAAAAGCUAAACGUCGGCUUAAAAAGAAAGUCACAUGUUAUGAAAACAUGACAAAAAGGUACAAAGUCUAUUGUAUAAAAUGUGGUUCUGAUUGGGGAGCAGGUAUUUGUAUGCGAAAUUUAUUUUUUGCAGUGUUGAAGAUAAGGCAGUUUAUCGUGAGGGACGAUGACACAGAAAAGGAGUACUUUGGCGUGCCUUGGAGCGUCAUACCUCAUACCGUACAGACCAUGACUGAGGAGGACUUUUCCUCUGUCGCUGCCUUAGACAAGCUCAUUGAAGAUGCCCCCGACAACUAGUUGAAUAGUAUAGCAGUGUGUGACUUGGGUAGCUAAAGUUCAAUGUACACUAUCUUUUGAAUGCACUUUUGGUGCAAUGAACUUAGACUUACUAAUAAAUUGACUAGCGGUGUAGAUAUACGUAAACACCUCAUGGUUAUUAUUAUAAUCAUUGCUACCCUUCGCAGUUGUUUUGGUCUCUAAAUUGUUUUAAUUAAUUGGAGUUACAUUGGAGACCUUUUUCUAUUUUAAUAGUAAGUUUGUAUAAAGUAGUCUAUGAAACACAGAAAAAGUGUGUGUACAUGUCAACAAGUUAUUUAUCGUAAGGAAAUAAAAAAUGUUCCCUAUUAAUUUCAUUCUGUUUAUAAAUUACUUAAAUACUGUAAACUAGUUUUAUGUGGUUAAAUGUGGUUAAUAACUAAUUGUGUCUAUUGACAGUGAAAUUAAAUAUAUUUUUAAUUUCAAUUUUAUUGUCAUUCUUGAUAAUAAAUGUUAUUU